UUAAAAAAAUCAAACGGUAAUUUUCUAAACAAUAUUAUGCAAUUCAUUCUGAAUUACAUAGCUCGUGAACGAAAAUGACAGCAGGUGUUUAUCGUGAUUUUUAUCUGAAAAAAAGCGAAAUAUUCUCGUGAAAUACUUGAACAAGAUAACUAUUUUUUACCUAAUUAAUAAAAUGCUACGAUGGUUACUCAUCAAAAAUCUAGGUUAUACUCAUUUCAAACAAUAAUUGUCAUGUAAUAAUCAAUAAAAAAAAAUCCUAAUCGAUUCAUUGGAAAAAUUCUAAUUCCAACUCACUAAUUCAUUCUUUUCGAAUUAAUUUCUAGGUUACCACUCAAAACGAAUUAAAAAUAAUUAAAUUUAUUAUUAAGAAGAACUCGUAAUCUAAGAAAAAAAUAAAAAUGGAAGAAUUUUUGACAGCGGAAGUCGAAGACAUCAUGUGUGAUCAAGUUAUAAUUUCAACCGAAUUAGAUGUUUUCGAAACAAACUCAACUAAAAUAACGAUUAGAAAAGUAACUUUAGCAAUGACGUUAUUAACAAAAUCAGUUUUACCAGCUGUUAUAGGAGUUUAUUACGCUUACCUAAGAAAUCAAAAAACAGUCGUUGAAAAUCUCAAACGACACGUUUUCCCAACGAUAGUCGCCUUUCUUGCAAAUAGUAUCUCAAGAUCUUUAUCAUCCGUUCAUCGAGGCAUCACGUAUCCAUUAAGUUUAUCUUCGAAAUCGAUCGAAACAUCACAUUCAUCCUCAACGUUAUUGGAGGAUUCCUCAGAAUCGAUCCCGGAAAAAUCCGUCGAAUGCUUAGUGUUAACGGAACCGGAAGUACACACCGCGGAUGUUAUUUUUAUCCAUGGUCUUCAUGGUUCUUUGGUGAAUACGUGGAGACAAGGCGAUUGGAGACACGAAAGGCACCAUUUAAAACAAAAAAUCGUCGAAAGACGGAUGUCGACCGGCGAAAUUAGGGAUGAUCGGAUUCGAAAGAUUUCUCUAAAAAGAUCUUGUUCGGACGUUUAUUCGGUUUGUCCGAAAAAAAUGUCUAAAUUAUCCGAGGGAAGAUGUUUCGAAACUUUCGGUGAUUCCGAUUUUGUCGAGGAUAAUAAAAAGUUAUCGAAAUGUUGGCCUAGGGAUUGGUUACCAAUUGAUUGCCCCGGAGUUAGAGCGAUCGCUUUGAAUUAUACGACGGAUCCGCAUCUUUGGAGACCAAUUUGGAUUAAAAAAAGAAAUAGAACAUCCAUGACUGAAAGAAGCAAAGAAAUGAUUGGGCAUCUUUUAGAUUUAGGAGUUGGUAAUAAACCGAUUAUUUGGGUUGGUCAUUCUAAAGGAGGAUUAUUCAUCAAACAAAUCUUAAUCGAUUCAUGGGAAAACAUAGAAUUGAGUAAAAUCUACCAACAAACCAAAUCAAUACUAUUCUACAGCGUUCCUCAUAAAGGAUCAUAUCUUGCCGAUUGUACGUUACCUUUAUUAAAAAGAAGCGUGGAAUUAACGGAGAUUCAAAGAAAUUGCCCGUUUGUUUUAAAUUUGCACACAAGGUUCCUAGAAUUUUUACAAGAAACAAAUUUAAACCCAGAAAUAUUUAGUUUUAUUGAAACUUCGUUCACAUUCAUGUCGUUCCUUUAUUUAAAAAUCGUUGCCUUUGAGUCUUGCGAUCCGGGAAUAGGAUUAAUCUGCGGCGUCCCUUUGGAUCAUCGCGAAAUUUGCAAGCCAGCCGCAAGGGACUGUUUUCUUUACCAAGAAUUGGUGCGUUUAAUAAAAAGUUCUGAACUUUUGAUAAGAAGCUAGAACUACAUUUCAUUUUAUUUGAGUUAGUAAAAACAGUAUUUUUAAAUCUCUUUUUCUCGCUGCCAUAUUUCAUAUAUUCAUACGUUGUACAACCAAAGAUUUAUCAAUAAAUAUUAAUCGGUUUACGUUUUUAUUUAGUAACAUAUUUGAGGCAGUUAUAAAAGUAAUUAAUUGUGAUUUAGCGAUUAGAGACUCAUUUUUUGUUGUUUUUUUUUUAGUAGUUGUGUUUUUUUUGUAUAUUAGAUUAAUAAUUAAACUAAUUGUUAUAAUUAGAUGAAUUUUUAAGACAGGAUUACGCCUAUUUGCUUGUGAUAUGAAAAGAUUUAUGCGUUACCUAUCUUGUUAGAAACUGAUUUGAUUUAAACAAAUUAAUUAUUUUUUUUUUGGACCAAAUGUACCUUUUUAGACCAAUUAAUAAAGAAUUUCAUUAAAAUUUC